GAGAGAGAGGGAGAGAGAGAGCGCAAGUGUUAGAAGUAGGUGGACGUACACAUGAUACCGUGAGAUGAAAAGCAGAGGAGGAAAGUGAGACAGAGAAAAGAAGGGAGGAAAGGAGCACCGGAAACAUUCAGAGAGGAAAGCACAGGGAGCACAGAUGAAAGGAAAGAUGAUAGGAAAACACAUGGAAAUGCAAAAUAACAAAUAGACAGAUAGACAGAUUCAUUCAUUCAUUCAUACGAGAGCAGGAGAGGUUAAGAGGAGCCACACUUUCACUCUCCAACACACACAAACCCACACAUAUGCAUUUACAAACACCAACACACAUUUUCGCUGCGGAGAGCGACAAACUCCCCUCCCUUGAGACUCUUAAGGAAGAGGAGGGGAAGCGGCAGAUUUCAUAGCUACAGACUGACACACACUUUCAAUUUUUCACAUCACACACACCCAGAAAAGCACAUGUGUUUCAGAGUGAACUAAGCAACUAAGGGAUGCACCAUGAAGUCUCAGCAGAAGUGCAUCAUGAUCUUUGCCUUGGUGUGCUGCUUCGCCGUACUGGUGGCGUUGAUUUUCUCAGCGGUGGAUGUGUGGGGCGAAGACCUGGACGGCAUCACGGAGGAGAACUGCAACAAGAACUGCAGAGUGGUACUUGUUGAAAACAUCCCAGAAGACAUCUCCUAUUUUGACAAUGGUACAGCCCACCUCCCUCUCUCAGUGGGGCUGUACAACUUACUGGACAAAGCUAUCAGGGUUGUUGAAAUAGUUUCCCCACUGUGGCUCCUGAACUCCUCUGAUUAUGAAUCCAGCUUCCAGCCUGCUGCCAAACAGGGCAGAGCUCUGCUCUCCAGGCUGCAGGGGCUAAAAGCAAGAGGAGUCCAGCUGAAGAUCUCCAGCGGCAUGGUCGACUCCACUGAGCUCAGGAUGCUUGCCAUACACGGCGCUGAGGUCCAUUAUGUGAACAUGACAGCGCUGACCAAAGGCCACCUCCUCUCUUCCUUCUGGGUGGUUGACAGGCGGCACAUUUACAUCGGGAGUGCAAGCAUGGACUGGAGAUCCCUGGCUACAAGGAAGGAGCUGGGUGUGAUGGUGUACAACUGCAGCUGUCUGGCUCUGGACCUCCACAGAGUGUUCAGUCUCUACUGGGGGCUUCAGUAUAGAGACUUCAUCCCCUCCUUCUGGUCCAAGCGCCUUUUUGCUCUCUUCAACAAGCACAAGCCUCUGGAGCUCACUCUCAACAGCACCAAGGCCCGGGCCUAUAUCUCUAGCUCCCCCGAUGUUUUCAUCCCCAAAGAUCGCAGUAAUGACCUAGAAGCCAUUUCCUGGGUCAUCCAAGAAGCUCGCCAUUUCAUAUACAUCUCCAUCAUUGAUUACCUGCCUCUGGUCAGCAGCAGUGCCCUCAAGUACUGGUCUCGCAUCGAUGGCCUUAUCCGGGAGGCUCUGAUUCUGAGGAAAGUGCGGGUACGGCUGCUGAUAAGUUGCUGGGAAAAGACUCAACCACUUACUUUCAACUUCAUCUGGUCCCUGAGGAGUCUGUGCAUGGAACAGGCUAACUGUUCCCUGGAAGCCAAGUUCUUCAACCCCAGAGUGCAGAGGGAUGGCAGUCUCCAGGGAAUAAACCAUAACAGGUUCAUGGUGACAGACAUAGCCAUCUAUUUAGGUAACCUUGACUGGGUGGGGAAUGAGUUUGCCUUUAACGCAGGAGCAGGUCUGGUGAUCAGUCAGCCCGAGGGUGUUGAGGAGAGGAACUCCACCGUGGUGGAGCAGCUACGGGCCGCAUUCGACAGGGACUGGUUUUCACGUUACACGCGCUCCCUGCAAGCCAAUAAGGUCCCUGUCUGCAACAAGCACCAAAUCAACAGGCUGGUGCCAGUUAAAGCCAGCCACAUAGACAAUGGAGCAGUGCCUAUCAGAACAGGCCAACACAAUAUUGGACCCGCACCAAUGAGAAACAGCCACAAAGACGACGGGCAGGUCUCAGUCAAGUCAAGGAACCAUGACGACAGACUCGGCAAAAAUGGACUGUUGCCAAUUAUAGACAGUUACCAAGAACGGGGACAAGUGAAAAUAGGUCACGUUGAUGACAGACAGGUGCCAAACAGGGAUAAUAACCAUGACAAUCCAAUAGAGCUGCCCAGUCAGUCAGCUGAGAGCAGCGGCAGCAGAGAGAUUGCCAAUGGAUCACUGUGACUGUGAGGCAUGACAGAGUCCUUUUCAUCAAAGACGACGUUUGAAGAACUGCUCUUUUCUGAUGACAAUGGACUUACAACAUUGGGUGUUUGUAGCAUUUUAUUAUUGUCACUUAGAAAACAAACAAAAAUAAUAAUAUUGAGGAUUUAAGUUAUAUUCGAUUUGCUGGACCUGAUAAAUAAUUGGAGGAACUCAGGAAGGAAAGUAGAUCCUCUUCUGCAGUCUGGUACUUUACGACUGACUCUUUAUGAAAGAGACGAAACUGAUUAGGAUACGAGGAAAUACUGAUUAGUAUACUGUAAUCAUUUAAAAACGUGCCACUUAUAUGAAUGUUUCCCCCCUCGUUGAGCAAAGGCAGCAGAUGAAAUUGCUUUGAUUGCCUAACUAUUAUUACUUGAUUAAUCACAGUCAACAUUUAUGGUCCUUUAAAAGGAGGAUUUGCAUUCCAAUGCAGAGAUGCUAGGCUGUUGUCUACAUGGAGCUGCACGAGCUGCAGAAAGCAUACGAGAUCUGGAGUGGUGAAAGAUUCAUCACACAGCUUUUCAUGUGGUUGAUCGCUGUACGUGCCUCAGAUACUCCCCAUCUAUAAUGGUUUCUUUGAGCUCCCGGUUCACGUAACUGUGCAUUGCCACAACAGCCUACUUAAAAAGAUAUACUACAACUAUAACUUCAAACCUUCAUCCAAGACCAAACCAGCCAGAAAACAUCAAUUGUAAAGACUUGUAUCUGGCUAAAUGGAAGGAGGCAGCCUCGUUUGGCCCUAAUUGAAUAAUUUAUUCAAAUGUACACUGGACACAAGAAUACAAAGCAUUACAUACUAAUAAAUUGCCACUUAUUGGGAGCAACUUUGUAAGACCCACAGUUAACGAACUGGAGCUGCAAAGCGAUUGGUCAAUUUAUGUUGUAACUGUUCAGUGGGUGGAAUUUAGUGGUACAAGCAUGCUGGAGAAUCCACAACGGCUUUUAAAUAACCAGAGCAUAGUUUGGUUUGUCCACUCUGGGCUACCAUAAGAAUAUUAAUACCUACUAAUGAAACAUUUAGGAAAUAUUGUGUUCCAUUUCUGCCAUUACACACAUUUAACCUUAAUACCUAAAUAGUGUACAGACACAUCACAUCAUCUCAGUGUGUCGUAUGUAUCUCCACAGCAGGUGAUGAUGACGGUGCGCGUAUUCUGCUGCGGUGAAAACGCCAAAUAUCUUCAAAACACCACCCUUCAUUACAAUGCUUUACCCUGCAGGGAAACGGGCUAUUGAUCUGAUCCAUGGAGGUGAUCGUAACUGGUCCCUUUUACAAAUCAUAAGGAAAGAUGGUUAUCUGUGGUAUCCAGUGUUGUGACUUAAUGAACAAAUACUAAGGGAUCAGUUUGAAGAAGGGGCCAGAGGCCUGUCAGCCAGAUCAAUAUGAUGAAUUUUUAACAGAGCUUGACAGUUGCUGCAGUUUAACCUCAAGGACACUGUUGCCUGUGUAAUGUCAUGGCUGUGACAAAUUACAUAUACAGUACGUUACCUUUCAACAUAUGGAAUCAAACCUUAAAGGCAUAUUUCACCGUUGGAAAGAUGAAUGUCUAUUAAAACUGGCUCAUAAUAUUGUGCCUUCUUGGCUGAGAAAGGUAGAAAAGUGUAAUAUUGUCUCAUGUAGCUGAACAACAACAACUCCCAGCAUGCACUGCGCUCGCUGUCUCAAGCUACGAAGCAGACAGCACUAGUUGUGUAAACACACAAAUCCCUGUGAAGAAUUAAACAUAUAAUAAAUAUAAAAAUACAAAACAAAUUACUCGCCACCCGCGACCGGUGCUCGCCACGACUGGUGCUCGGCGCGCUUCUAGUUUUCACCAAAAUGUAGCCAUUGUAGUCGUUACAGUCGGUUAGCGUAACUGUUAGCAAAGAUGGCGGACACCGUGUUUACAUUUAUGGGUGAAUCUAAAAAGUGUGGAACUGUGCGGAACUGGCGUUGUUGUUUGAAAACUUGAACUUGAACUGACGUUUGCAAUUCGCGUCAUUUGACUCAGCGUAGGGCAAAAUUGGAAAGGGAAAAACUGAUGUUUUUUUACAGCUCAGUGGAAAACUGCGGGAGGGAAGCACUUUUUUUUAAAAAAAAAUAGUGCUAUUCUAGCAAUACAAAGCCACAUGCAAAUCGGUGAAGUAUUCCUUUAAAGAGAGAGGAAAGGGGUAAUUUAUAGUUGCAACUUUCAUUUGCAUUUUGAAUGACUGCAUGUCACCUUGAGACUUCUACCCAAUCUUUCAUACGAGUGCAACCUUUAGCAACAGUGCUUGCAGAUUUAUACAGUAGAGGCAUUUUUAACUUCUAAAGCCAUUAAUCAAGGAAAACAUAAACAGAGGGAGCUGCAUAGCAACAGCUUGCAGGGUUUAAUCAGUUCUUUGUCAAAAUUAUGUUCGCUGGAUGAGUUAGUUAAAUAAUUCAUUUCUGCUGGCAAACUGAAGACACACUGUCAUUGUUGUAAAAUAAUACCAAACUGAGGCAAUGGGUUGUAUUGUCAUCCCAAAGUCAAUCUGAUUUUUAAGCUCAAAUGCUGUUCUGUCUUUUCAAACGUCUUCUCUAAUUUCAAACAGCCGAUUUUUCAGCUUCUGGAUUCAUUUUAAAACUCAACAAAAACAAUCAAAUAUGUAAAUACAGGUUGUUGUUUUUCUGACGUUUAGUGGACCAAAUGGAUUAACUGAUUAAUCUAGUUGUUAAACGGCAGCUUAAUCGAUAAUGAAAAUAAUCGCCUUAAAAUAAUAUAGAGUGAGAUUUUUAGUGGACACAAUUUAAGGUCUGAUCUUCAGUAUGUCGUAUGACGUGCAGAAGACUGCAGCACAGUCAGGUUUGUUUGUGGUGUCUCAGUGCUGUCAUAUGUGAUCUUUGCAGCACAGACAUGCACUUGAACCCCUCACACCAGUGGAAUAGCAAACGUUUGUCAAGUCAAACACACUCACAUGUUAUCAUCACGUAUUCUGGUCAUGAUGGAUAUCUUCUGCCAUCUAGAGGACGUCAAGAGAAGGAACAUUUCUUCACACUAAAUAUGACACUGGUUUUUUUUUGUUCAUAGUAAAAAAACAACAACAUGUAAAUGUGUAACUCUAACACACGAAACACACAAUUAAAUGUACUUUAUUUGCUGCUGUAUAUGUGCACUUUACCUCCUAUAAACUAAUUCAUGAAUCAAACAAAGCAAACACGGCCACCAGUCAUUUGUAGAAACGUGUAUGUACACAGAAUGAGUAGAAGUUGAAGAGUAUUAUCCCAAUAACAGUGUCCAUGUAUUUUCUUGUAAAGCACUACUAUGUCACCCAUGCUGUGUUGCUUGUAAUCUGACAGUUUAUAUGUACUUAGAUUCACUACAUUAUGAUGCUAUUAUAUAAUAUGUGGGAGUUAUGGAUGCUGCUAAAACACCCUCUAACCCAGGUGUGUGUGUGUACUUUUUUCUAUUUAAAGAAACAUUUCUGAGAUGUUGACCUUUUCUGAGUUAGCAUGGAAGAGGACUAUACCUUUAAUGCCUGAAUUUGCAAUAGAAAGUCAUUGUAGAUGUUGAGGUUUGAAAUCAGCAUCUGUUUACGAAAAGAAAAUCCAUGGAACAAAAACAGAAAUGUCUCAAUGUUACCUGUUAUGCACUGACAACUGUACAUCCCUUGAAACUCACUGGAUUGGAGAUAGUUGCUUAUUUGAAAAAAAGAAAAGAAAAAAAGAUGCUCACUAAAAGCUUUUAAAUGUUGCCUAUUUUUAUUCUGUUCUUUUUUUAUUUUAUUUUUGGGCAUGACUGUUGCUUGCAUGCCUUGCCUUUAUAAACUGUGCACAGUAGCCAUGAGCCUUUCUGGAGAUUAUGAUACCAUAAACUCUUAUAUACCUUUAAAAAUGCAAAUGGAAUGUAUAUUUACUGAAUAUCCUUGUUCAUGCACACGACUGAAUUGUUUGAUCCCUACAUUUUUACUCUUAAUAAAAAAUAAGUACUCUCA